AUAUGGUUACAGUGCCGUAUAUAUAUUCUUGUUCGUCUUGUUUGUGCCUUGCUCAUAUUCUGUUUUCUUGUUCAGGUGGAACAAAUAGAAACUGCCGCUGGCUGGCUACAGUUUCAGGAAGAGAGAUCGAGAGAGGGCGAUUAAUAGUGGCGAUGCUUGGAAAAAGUGGGUGAGAGGGUCUUGUUCCAACUCCAUUAAUCUCCCCCUCUCUCUCUUCAUCUUCCUCCCCGAGAGAAAGAGAGGGUGGGAUUCAUUCUUUCUUCUGCUGCUGCUGCUGUAAGUGAAUUACAGAGUUUUAAGGCAGACCCAUUAGUUCGCUUUCUGGGUUCGGGCUUCUGGGUUUGCUCCUGCUCGGGUCGGGUGAGCAGUAGGUGGGAGAAGAAGAAGAAGAAGAAGAAGGAAUGUCGGUGAAGAGUAGAGCGGGAGCUACAGAGCUGUGUGCGAAGAAGCACUUGUAUUCGAGGAAAUGGGCGGUCUUUCUCUGCUUUGGCAGCUUCUUUGCUGGGAUGCUCUUCACGAAUAGGUUGUGGGUGGUGCCUGAAGCAACGAAUUUUGUAGUUGAGGCUUGUAAGCCAAAGCUUAAAUUUGCGACCCAUAAAUCAAACCACAGCUCAUCACACGUUUCCAAGACCCAACAUCCUGUCCAAAGUUUAGAUAGCAAGAUUUCAAUUCUAGAGACGAAAUUAGCAGCAGCUAAGGCUAAGCAGAAAGCUUUGGGAAAUGGAACCGUUGUAGCAAGGAGAAAGUACACUAUGGUUAUAGGAAUCAACACAGCUUUUAGCAGCAGGAAAAGAAGAGAUUCAGUGCGUUCAACUUGGAUGCCACAAGGUGAAAAGAGGAAGAAGUUGGAGAAGGAAAUGGGUAUUGUGAUUCGUUUUGUUAUAGGGCACAGUUCCACAUCUAGUGGCAUUCUUGAUAAGGCAAUUGAUGCAGAGGAGAAGAUGCAUGGAGAUUUCUUGAGGCUGGAUCAUGUGGAGGGAUACUUGGAAUUGUCAGCCAAGACCAAGACUUAUUUUAGCACAGCAGUUGCUUUGUGGGAUGCCGAUUUCUAUAUCAAAGUGGAUGAUGAUGUUCAUGUGAAUAUUGCUACUCUUGGAUCAAUAUUACAAGAACACGUUAAGAAGCCGAGGGUAUAUAUUGGUUGCAUGAAGUCUGGCCCUGUGCUUGCCAAAAAUUUACCUUAUAAACACAGAGGAGUCAAAUACCAUGAACCAGAGUACUGGAAAUUUGGAGAGGUAGGGAACAAGUACUUCCGCCAUGCCACAGGUCAACUCUAUGCCAUCUCAAAGGAUUUGGCCACCUACAUAUCAGUCAACCAGCAAAUGCUGCACAAAUUCGCCAAUGAAGAUGUCUCCCUAGGCUCCUGGGUUCUCGGCCUGGACGUGGAGCACGUGGACGAGAGGAGACUCUGCUGCGGCACUCCACCAGAUUGCGAGACGAGGGCUCGUCUGGGAUCGACAUGUGCAGUGUCGUUCGACUGGAAGUGCAGUGGGAUAUGCAAGUCAGUGGACAGGAUGGCAGAGGUUCACAAGCGGUGUGGGGAAGACGAGAACGCCGUGUGGAGCAAGCAAGGGAUGGCGCAAUUGCUAUGAGGUGUGUCAUUGCUGCUUCUCUCCUUUUUUUGCACAUUGUAGAGAGAAAUCCUGUAGUUUCCUUAACAGUAAUCAAGAGUAGAGAAAUUUAUACUUAAUACACACACAGAGAGAAAAAGGAGUGAGAAGAGAAAAGAGAAACUUCAGGGGCUGGCUUCUCCAUUUUGGCUGAGACCCACUUGGAACAUGAGCAAAGAAAAGAGAGAGAGAAUGUUACAUAUGAUUCUUUGAAUGGUUUGGAAAGCCAUAUUGUAGGCUUCUCUACUAACCAUGACAACUGAGACAAAUAAUCGCACCAAGUGUAGAAUCUUCAUACGCCUGCUGCUAUUGUGCUGCCUUCUGGCUUCAUAAAUAAACCUUACUAUUCUCAUUUAGUUAUAUGCAACCACAUGCAAGCAAUAUGACAUAUGAGUGAUUAUGAACAUGAGCUAGUGCUAGUUAAGAGCCAGUGUGGAUCCUCGACGAGGAGGGAAGUUCGAACAAACGGGAUAUUGACGCGGCUCAAUCGAAUAGCAACCCCCCUGUUACUGAGGGGAGAUUGGCUUUCUGAUUGAACCGCACCAAUAUCUCGGUUCUUACACUGGUGAACUCUCAAUGCCAUUUCAAAGGAAACAUACAUUACCACAAGGGAAAAGACCAAGGAUUAGCAGGCAUUGGAAGGGAUGAUGAUGAUGAAAAUGAGUUGUUGUGAAGGAGAAGAAGGGGAUCGGUGAU